UUUGUGGGUCAAUACGAGAUCUGCAAACUUCUGCCUCUCUUGUUUGUUCUGCUGUUUGGGUUUUAUGGUUUAUUUCCGUGACUAACAUCGUGUUUCAAAACGUCCGAGUAAAGAUCGAUUCCUCUUCAAAGGAGUUGGCGGUCGAUGAUUCAGUCCAAGCAGCUGGAACAUUCAUGACGCAAAACGUCUAUCGUAGCCUUUGGUUUACUUUAUUUGCGGUUCUCGCCCGAAGUGGCAAAGCAAAUUCUCCAUCGUCAAGAACUUGGGGGGUAUGUUCAUCUCACGAGCAAUGUCAAAAUGGAGGAAGUUGCUUAAAUAAAAGUUGUCUUUGCGCUUACGGGUAUACCGGCCCAAUCUGUGAAUAUAAACAACAAUGCAAUAAAAACUUCGCUUGCCAAAACAAUGGCACUUGUGAGCUGGACUGGAAGACGAACACGAGUUUUUGCAGGUGUAACCAGUACUCAGCGAGUGAUGGUCGCUUUGUGGGAGGUUUCUGUGAAAGGAAAGCUCCAUGUCACGCCAUUGGUUAUUGUUUGAAUGACGGUGUGUGCCAAAGAGAUCCUUACGUGGACGGUGCUUUUUUCUGUAAAUGUCGUGAGGGAUUUUCUGGACCUGAUUGCCAGGAGAUAACAAUGUGCCGCGAGGCAAGAGAUUGCCUUAAGGGUGCAAAAUGUAUAAAUAAUAAGUGCUCUUGCGACGGAGAUGGAUACACUGGUCAUUUUUGUGAGUUGGAAGUAACACCAGCGCUAAAGUAUUCCACUGUCUUCUACUGGCCUUUUAAUCGACUACACCCCGGAAUGAAAGGUGCUGCUAAAGUGGUUAGAGAUAUACGGAUGGGAAAUGUUCUCGAUCUAAUGCAGGCAGGAGGUGGCUGGGUUGACCUUGGCCAAGUUAACAACAGUUGUCUCGAAGACCUAAGCAAGUGUCAAGAAGGGAUUUCCGUGUCGUUCUGGCUUCAGUUUACUGAUGGGCGGCAAGUGAUAACACUUAUCAACAACGACAACACGAUUCUGUCUGUUUAUGUUAAAGAUUACAGAAACAUUCUUAUAAGUUUGAAAGUGGGCUCCAAUACUUGGAAUAUUGAAAGACACUGUUUUCCCAUGGGGUGGUUUCAUCUGACAAUUACAUGGAAUCACCGAAGUAGGUGA